AUGAUGAUGAUGAUGAUGAUGAUGAUGAUGAUGAUGAUGAUGAUGAUGAUGAUGAUGAUGAUGAUGAUGAUGAUGAUGAUGAUGAUGGUGAUGAUAAUGAUUUGAAUACCACUAUGAUUAUUAAAAGACAAAACCUACAUAAUGUCCCUUGCUCAUGAGCCACAACAUCAUAACCAGCGCCUACUUGUAUCUGUUUUUUACAAAGUGACCAAUCAACAGUAAGUCAUAGCGAAUACACAAAUUUCAUUUAAAUAAAUUAUACAUCGAUAUUAAAAACAAAAGCGAACGCGUAUAUAACUGUAAUAAGGAAGUAAGGAAACUAUUACCUGUCAACUGUGUUCCCUAAUAUGUCCGAUACAUUCACUGCAACCAAUCAAAAUUAAUUUGUUAAAUAGCCCUGAGGCACAACGGACGUUGUUGAUGUUAAGUUCAACCUGAAAUUAGUCACAAAUCACGUGUUUUGAUUUUCCUAGUUAUUUUGUUUAAACGAAUAUUAAUUAAAAUAAUAACACCGGUACAGCGAUAGUGGAUUUAUUGUUGCUAACCAAAAAAACACGACAAAGUGACACUUUUUAUCUAAACGUGAUGGCAAAAUGGGGAUGGCUGCUGCGUUUGGAAGUUUUUGUGGUGAUGUUAUUGAUUCAAGUAACCAUUUCAGGUAAAAACUUGUAUAAUGGUAGAUUCUUACAACUCUUGAUAAAUGUUUUAUGGUAAAGCGACCAUACAUUUUUCGGUCUGUAGAGGUUCUAACAAGACGUAAAUGCAAUCGCAUUUCGCACUCAGGCGUUAGCUCAUUUUUCAGUGUUUCAAUUUUUUUUAUCCCAUGUGUUUCAUCUAUUUGUGUAUGUUUGGUCCAUGGAAAAAACCUGGCGUUGACAAAAACUUAUUGUUUCAUUAUUUCGUGCCUAUUAUUAAGCAUACCUCAUAGUUUGGAAUGUAAGGAAUAGUUCUUAAAAAAACUUGUAUUACUAACAGUUUUUAUUACUACAACCAUAUAGGGGCGAACUCUCCGAAACUCACCUACAAACUCAUCAACGGCAGUAAGUCGUGGACGCAUGCCGACGCCGACUGCAGGUCACGUGACGGGACGCUGGUCGUGCUCGACACGCAUGCGCGCGUGGUGGAGUUUCAGAAGCAGCGCCUCUUGAACCCCGGACGUGCCGUCUGGACCGCCGCCUAUCGGCAAAACUCGCCCUGGGUGUGGGUGGAAGGUUGUUUCUCGGCCGAAUUUCUGACUGGUCAGGACGGGUCAAGACUGGCUAUGAACCACGCGGUCGAGUGCUCCACAGUGUGCAAGGCAUCCACAUACGCCGUGCUGAAGGGCCACAUGUGUUUCUGCCUGAGAGAUAUACGGGAUCUUGUACCCCUUGACGCCCGGGAGUGCGACCUGCAGUGCCCGGGGGCACCCGGGGAGAUGUGCGGAGGGCCCCGGGGAGCCGUGUCCGUUUACAGCAUGGGCGGGGUCAACGGUUUUAAAGAGACCGACAGUGAGAAGACGUCAUUGCAAGAACAAACUGUACAUGAGAUGAGUCGCUCCGACUGGAAAAACUGCGUGUAUAUCCUGAAGCACGACACCCCGGUCUGGAUCACCACCGACUGUCGGAAGACCCUGCCCUUCCUCUGCAAGAUAUAUCGCGAACGGGGUACCAUCAUAGAGUACAAGAGUCCCCGCCGGAAGACCGGCUCCUGGUUGGAGGCGCGCGCAAUGUGCCGCGAGGAGGGCGGCACGCUGGCGGACAUCCAUAGCAACAACAUGGCGGCGGUCCAGGCACUGCCCAAUCACAGCGAGUACUGGGUGGGGCUCUACAGGAACACGUCCUGGACAUGGCACACAGAUGACGUCAUAGAAACGCCGCUGUGGUGCACCACGGUGGUAGAGGACAAGGUUGGGGAGCUGCAGUUCCAGACUGAGACAUGCAGUAUGCCGCAUGACUUCGUCUGUCAAAUACCUAUUCCAGUAGCAAAAGCUGAUGCGUCCCACCUCGUGGUGUACGUCGUCUGCGGUUCCGUGGUGUGGGUGUUGGCAGUGGUUACCGGCAUCGUCGUGUUCUGUAUGCUGAGACGCAGGGGUUGGUGUCGAAAGAACGACACUACUGGCCUAAGUCAAAGCAGUUACCUGGACAUGGAUGACCAAACUCCGAGGCUCCGACCAGCUACUUCAAGACCGCCACGCCCCCUUUCGCAUUCUUACGUCAACAGUGACGUCUCAAAUGCACCAAGUUCUUCGCGUACGUCACAGUUUUCCAAUGACAGCCCACCACUGAAGUCAAAAUCAGCGCAUGCGCAAGACAAACCUAAGCCUGCGAUCGGUAACGAGUACGCAAGCGUGUGCAUGUCGAAGAUCCAAUCAGAAGGCAAGGAAUUCGAUCGCUUGGAAACUGGCGCAUGCGCAUCGGGAUAUAAAAACGCAGAAGGUGAAUACGAUAUUGUUUGGGAUUCUGAAAAGUUCUCAAAACACCUCAAAAUGUUUGGUUGCAAUUCCGAUUCGAGCAGAAAUUCCACGACGUCAGAAAAUGUUUAUACUGAUAUAGAAAAAGUAAGCUCGUCUGAAUAUGAGGAAAAUACCGAUAGUGAAUAUAUUUCCAUGCCGUGUCAACUGUUUCCGCCGAGUGAAUUGUUUGGUGAACAUCAGAUUGAAGGCGACGGGAAACAGUCGCUUUGUCGUAAAAAAUCGCAGAGUUUAUAAAUGGAGCACUUUUCGGUGCUCAAAUGGUUUCUGCCAUAAUUUCCCUGUAAGGGUUUAGGCGCCAACAUCGUCAACCGACCGGUUUAUUGGUACAAAGUGUCAUCGAUUUCAUUUCAAAAUAAUGAUAUAUAUCUUGGAAUAUAGUUCAUAAAUAAGUAUGACAAAGAAAUUUGAUGCUUUGUAUUUUAUAGAAUUAGUGUAAAUGUUAAGUACGGUAAAUUAUGUGUAAAUAUCAGUCUACUUAUAUUCAUAUAUUCUUUAUUUUAUUAUCCGAUUGUUUCCAAUCAUUAAUAGAACGAGUUGUUUUGACAGGAUUCUGAAGUAACCGUGAUCCCCACGCAUCAUGUGCUGUGUGAAAAGGGUGUGACGUUAUGUCAAUAAAAAGACAAUACACUCCAAACUUUAUACAUAUAUGUAGAUAUUGUUUUGCCGCUUAUUUUGUAUACUUGGCAUUAUUGGUAUUGUUCUUACGAAUAAUUAUGUGAAAUUGCAUGUAUAGAAUGUGUUAAGAUUUGUGUUUGCAUUUGUAAUUAUUGUAAUAUAGAACUGAAUAAAUUAUUUUAAUACAUUGUCUGUAAUAUGCUUAUGAAGUGUCGAAUAAACAUUGGUGUUAA